CGGGAAUAUUAACACUUGCAGCUGCACACGCAGGGCAUGGACACGCAGAAGAAGGAUCAGAAAUGAAUAAGAUGCCUCUUGAUUGGGUCAUUUAUUUGCACAUUAUCACACAGGUACUGAUAUGGCUGGUCAUCUUCCCAAUAGGUAUGAUACUCGGAUCUAGCCGUUCUAGGUGGCAUGUACCUGUACAGAGUGCAGCUAUGCUUGUGACAGGAUGCCUUGGUUAUCUUAGCGGAAUGAAGCACAAGGGUCGACAAUUCCCAUCGUCCGUGCAUUCUACAAUGGCAGGGAUUAUUGUACCAUACAUGGUUGCUCAGGCCGCUAUGGGUAUCUUUCUCAAGUUACAUAUCAUGGAAGACACUAAGUUGAGAGCUUGGGUUGUGAAGCUGCACGGAAUCACAGGCAAAACAUUCCCAAUAGUUGGAUGGGUGCAGGUCGUAUUCGGUAUAGCUACCGUAGGCUCUUUCUGUAGGGGUGGUGCGCUUGGUCAGUGCUUGGCGCACUACAUUAUGGGUUCUGCUUUCAUUGGAUACGGUAUCAUAUACGCUGUGUUACUCCAUAUUGGUGCACAAUCACUUAUAUCCAAAGGAAGUAGUCAGGAGUUUGUCGAUUCGACGGUUAUCAUGCUCUGGGGUAUAGUCAAUACCUUCACUGAGCAUCACGGAGGUCCAUGGACACACAAGGAUCUUCAGCACACAAUGUUAGGUGUCCUAUGGUGGAGCGGUGGUGCUUUAGGAAUGUUCAUGUCGCGCAAGGGUAACAGGUCGAUUAUACCAGCUGGAAUCAUCAUAAUGACAGGAUAUGUAAUGAGCGCACACGAACAGGCAUUGGAAAUAAGUACAAAGGUCCACGCUAUUUUUGGAUAUACGUUGAUGACAGCAGGUGUUACGCGAAUCAUAGACAUCUGCUUUAUAAGCAACAAAGAGGAGUCAUCUAAUUUGCGCACUUUCCAGCAUCUCCCACCAUAUCUUCUGAUAUUAUCCGGAUCGUUGUUCAUGAGUGCAACAGAUGAAGAGCUCAGACUUGCAGACAGGAACAACUUCGACCAUGCAACAUAUGCGAUGGUGAUAUUCUCGUUAUCCUUCCUGCUUUACUUGCUAGUCACUACGAAUAUAAACCUGUACAGGCAUCUCACCCAGGAUGGUAGCAAGACAGACAAUAACAAAGACGCAGAAAUGCAGCAAUACGAGAGGAUAUCGCUCGAAGAGACCCAGAGGCAGCAUCCAGAGACGAUAUUCGACAGUUCUGAACACUAAAUUUUAUUCCCUCAAGCCAACGUUUGUUUUGUAACAUCAUCAUAGAUACACAUAUUUCAA